GGAGCUGCGGGUGCCGGGACGCGUUCUGGGGGCCCGUGGGGCUGGGAAGGGGGUGGGGAAGCGGGGGUCUCGCGAGGCCGGGGCGGCGCGGGCCUGUUAUGCGGGGUAUUGCCCUGGGACUCGGGAGAAGGGGCGGCGGUCUCCGUGCCUGAUGGGGCCGUUCUUCCCCCGACUUCCCCUCCUCCCUUUUGUUCCCCGCUCGCAGACCGUGGCCGCCCCUUUUUCCUCCACGCUGGUGCCGGGCGAGGCCUCGGAGAGCGACUUGGAGCCGGAACCGGGGGGGAGCGCGGCCGGGCCCCCCGCAGCGGGGCUGAAGGUUCCGGGGGAGGCGUCGGAGACUGAGGAGGAGGAGGAGGAAAAGGACCGUGCGGCCCGAGUGCCGCUGCCAGGGGUGCCCCGGGGGGGCCCCUCAUUACUGCAGCGGCGGCUGGGGGCGGGCGAGGGGCGACUGCGGAGCACGAUGGCUGAGGCACUGGGACGCGGUUUCAGUGGGGCUGCGCGGCUGCUGGAAGGCCUGGGGGGGCCCCUGGGCCGAGCCCGAGCUGGGGCAGCUGCCACCGCGCACUGCCUGUGCCUGGUGCACCGUGACCUGCGCGCCGUGGCUGCCACCGUCGCCGCCUGCCGCCUGCUGCCCGACUUCCGCGGGGAGCCGUGAGGGUGGGAACGCCAGUGGGCGGUGUUGGCAGCCGCGGGGAGCUCCUGGCGUCGUUGCAGUGUCGCUGUCGCUGACCUCCAGUGCUGUGUCCGGCGGACUUGGGGGUUGUGGUUGUCACUGAUGGCGUUCUUGCUGUUGCUGCGUUUCCAGUGCUGUGUCCCCUUGAGCUGCUGCUCCCAUCAACAGCACUGCCACUGAUCGCUCAGUGUCUCAGCGGUGUCACCUGGCCUGUGGGGACCUUGGCCUCACAGGGACGUUGUCACCAAAUGGAAGCUCCUGACAAUUGCGUGGUCCGGAAUUCUGUGGUUUUGCCCUAUUUAGGGGGUCUGAGGUUUGUGGCACCAAAUAAAGCCCUUCGGGGGCACAGCUGCAGCAAGGACACGACUUUCACUAGGCGGGUGGCAGCGUGUUCACCCGUGGCACUGUUGUCCCAGUGGUCUGAGCAAGGUCCCUUUUGUUGCCCCUCGUGUCCCCACGUUGUGGUUGUGUCCUGCCGUACAAAUGUCUCCAGCACCUGGCCACUGUCCCCGAGCUGUGGCUACAUCCUGUCACCCUAAGUGCCUCUUGGCCAUGUCCACAGCCCGCUGCUACCUCUGUGUGCCCCUCGGAGAACAUUAGCCAGGGACAGGGAGCAGCACGUGUGAUACUCCACCAUGGAGCCACGUGGGUCCAUCAGACUGCACCCUGCCUGGGCUACCACCCCCUAUGGGACACCAGGGUUACACCCUGGGCGCUGGUGGGCUUGUGGCACCAAAAUGCCUGGGGCCUGGCGAGGGUCCUGGAGGCUCCCGGUGUCUCCAGGAGAGUCCCCAGUACCCCCGGGACUGACGUGAGGGGUGGUGGAAAACCAGGAUGGAGGUUCCCUUUCCCCAUUCCCGUGUGUUGCGGCAAAGGGGAGAGGUUUUGUGAAGGGCACGGUGGUAUUGGAUUCCUUUCAUAAAGAUUCUGGACCUUGGUUCCCUGCCCGUAUCCAAAUUCGAAUGAAAAACAGUAUUAAAAAUUCCUCUUUUGAGGAAGAACCUCUGAGCACUUGUAACUGGCAGUGCUUUGAUAUUGUAGAUAACCCGUUCCACAAGGAGUGCUGGGUGAUGCUGACUGAUAGCAUCAGUUGUGAGCAUGCUCUAUAGAAAGGUUCCCGCUGUGGGGGUGAGGAAACAAAAUGUGGUGAUUCAAUCCUGCGGGGUUAUUAUGGGGUUACUAGAGUCUAGGAUUCUAGAGUCGGAGGAUUGUAUGAGGACGCUACGAGGUUACUAGCUCCUGUGAGCGUAAGUUCUGUUAAUUCAGGUCCUGUGAUUGUUUCCCAAUUCCAGAUUCUUUGACUCUGUGAUGAUUUUGGGCUUCAGAUGUGUGGUGAUUCCAGUUCCUCGCUAAGAGUAUAGACUCCCAGAUUUGUAGCUACGCGGGACGAUGCAUUUCCAUAUCCACCCCUGUGCGUAGCGUGUGGCACAGUUCUGAGUGCCUGACACAAACCCAAGCAAAAUCAAUUUCUGUUGGUUAUUGAAAAAAUGAAUAAAUUCUUUGCUUUAG